UUCGGGCGGAUAUGAAAGGACUAGGCGAGGGGCGCGUGGAGUGCUGCAGCAGCUUUAUAUAAAAGAAGCGCGAUUUCGCAACCAUUCCAAUUGCAAAACUCGCCGCGACCCGUCCAGGGAACGAUUCUGAAAUUGAAGUUUACGCGUGAAUAGUGAAGUUGAAAAUGGCCGUUACGAGUGCCAGAAACAUUGUGGACUUGCAAGAAAAAGGGCAUUUCGAACAUGACAAUGAACGGAUUAUCGAAAAGUAUACGUUGGCAGAUAAAUUGCCGUCACAGCUCAAAGAGCUCAACCUCCGGCCCCGAAACAUCUCCAAGCCCGCUUACAGUCUUCGAAAGCUCACCACCAGUGAUAAAGAACCGGUUAUCGAAUUCCUCCGAAAAUUUUUCUUUCGAGAUGAGCCCUUAAACCUCACAAUUAACCUCCUGGAAACCCCGGAGUCCCGGUGCUUUGAGCUGGAGGAUUACGCAGCCAGUACUCUUCAAGACGGCGUCUCCGUUGCUGUCGUGGAUGACCAGGGCAAUUUUGUAGGAAUGGUGAUUAAUGGCAUUGCCAGGAGAGAGGAAGUCGACUACACUGACAAAUCAGACGAAUGCCCUCACCCAAAAUUCAAGAAGAUUUUGAAAUUAUUGAGUUAUUUAGACCGCGAAGCAGCAAUUUGGGAAAAGCUACCUCCUACCUGCAACACAGUGCUGGAGAUCAGGAUAGCAUCCACGCACAGUGACUGGAGAGGACGAGGUCUCAUGAGAGUGCUUUGUGAGGAAUCAGAACGUAUUGCUAAGGAAAUAGGUGUAGGCGCCUUACGUAUGGACACCACUUCUGCCUUCUCUGCCGCAGCAGCCGAGAGGCUUAACUACAAGAGUGCCUUUAGUGUUUUGUACUCGGAAAUUCCUUAUGCGCCUCAACCAGAGCCACCACACAGCGAGGCGAGAGUCUACCUUAAACAAAUCUAAAUGUUUCUCCAAACCUAAGAUCUAAUAGUAAGCAAUUCGAAUUUUUGCUUCUUUUCCUACUGUACCUUUCCCUUAUUGUACCUUUAUUGUAGAGAGCCGUGCAAAUAAUAGUUUUUUAACCUAAUUUUAAAUUAAUUAUAAAUACCAUUGCGAUGAAAAGGAUCCGGCAAUCCGACUCUUUCUUAGUUUGAAAAUGUAUAUUUUAUUUAAUAGUAUUAAUGUAAAAUAAAUUUAAGCAAGUGUAUUUUAAUUAUAAUUUUUCUGUGGUUUUAUAUAAUAGUCUUUCGUUAAAAUGCCCGCCGCGGAAACUUACUCUCUGAAGUCAGGGAUUGAUAUUUUUGUUCUGCGUUAAAAAUAAUACGAAACGUAAAGAAAUGUAAAUACCAAGUAUUAUUUAAAUAAUAAAAUCUAACACAUAA